AUGGGAGGGGAAGAUGAAAACAAGUGCAGGCCUGUGGGUUUCUUGCUCGCUCUACCUUUCGCUUUCCUCGCUUUAGUCUUUUCUAUAGUAGGCGCCAUCAUUUGGACUAUCGGGACUGUGCUGAGUUGCUUGUGCCCAUGUUGUGCGUGCUGCGCUGGGCUGGUGAAUUUGGCGGUCGAUCUCAUCAAGAUGCCUAUAAAGAUCAUCAGAUGUUUCAUCGAGCAAAUCCCUUGUUAG